AUUUAAUUGUUGGAUUGUCAGCGCUGCACUCCCGCUGGCGGCCGGCAGGGGGCAGAGUUCGAGUUGGAUUUGUUUUUUUUUCCGCCGGGCGUCCCCGGGGAGGCAGUCGCGGAGUGGGGGAGGGGAGGGGAGGGCGGGGCGCGAGGACGCGGUUCGGUCGGCUGCUGCGCUACUUUUUGUACCGGCUCGGCGGGGAGGCCGCGGCUGCCGCAUCAGAGCUGACGUGGGGGCGACGUGGGGCCGCCGCCGGCGCCGGCGCCGGGUUGCUGGGCGUAGGUCGGGCUCGCCGUCUCCACCUCCUCCCGUCCGUAAUCAGUGACGAGGUCCGCUACGUAAAUCCCAUCGCGGCGGGAUAAAUAAAGAAGAAAACGGAGAAGGAACAAAGCAUUGAUUACAAAUGUCUUAAUAAUGAACAAAUGUGGCAGGAAAAAAUAUAUUAAGACAAAUCUAAGACAAAUGACCAUGGAAACAAUUGAAUCUCAGCAGGAUGGAAGUGUAUCAGAUUCUGUGGCAGAGAGCGAAUCUGCUCAUAUGCAGACCCAGACUGGUCAAAAUUCAGUCCCUACUUUAGCUCAGGUAGCAACAAUUGCAGAGAAAGAUGAGUCUGCAGAAUCAGAAGGUGUAAUUGAUUCUCAUAAACGUAGAGAAAUCCUUUCACGAAGACCCUCUUAUCGAAAAAUACUGAAUGAACUUUCCUCUGACGUGCCUGGUGUUCCCAAGAUUGAAGAAGAAAAAUCAGAGGAAGAAGGAACGCCACCUAACAUCGCUACCAUGGCAGUACCGACUAGCAUAUAUCAGACUAGCACGGGGCAAUACAAUGAGGAAACUGAACUUGCCCCAAGUCACAUGGCUGCCGCCACUGGUGACAUGCCGACUUACCAGAUCCGAGCUCCUACUACUGCUUUGCCUCAGGGAGUAGUGAUGGCUGCCUCGCCAGGAAGCUUGCACAGUCCCCAGCAACUGGCCGAAGAAGCAACACGCAAACGAGAGCUGAGGCUAAUGAAAAACAGGGAAGCUGCCCGGGAGUGUCGCAGGAAGAAGAAAGAAUAUGUCAAAUGUCUUGAAAAUCGUGUGGCUGUGCUUGAAAACCAAAACAAGACUCUCAUUGAGGAACUCAAGGCCCUCAAAGAUCUUUAUUGCCAUAAAGCAGAAUAACUGUCUUUGACUUGGACCUUGUUUAUUAUGAACUCUAAUCAAGGCAGGAGAUGCAGCAAUUCUACUAAUUGCCAUGUGGACUUGUGGAAGGGACACUUGUGACCCUUAAGAAUCCAGUUUGGCUUAGUGUUUGACAUUGAAUUGGGACUGUUCCAAGAUUUGGAAUGCAGCCAUGAUCACAUUUACCAAGCUUACUUCAGUCUGCUUGUCAAUAGCAUGCAAAAAAAAAAAAAAAAUGUUUUGUUUGCCCUUUUGCUUCUACUUUUUUUCAGGGAAGCUGCUAAAGAAUGUCGACGUCGAAAGAAAGAAUAUGUAAAAUGUCUGGAGAGUCGAGUUGCAGUGCUGGAAGUUCAGAACAAGAAGCUCAUAGAGGAACUUGAAACUUUGAAAGACAUUUGCUCUCCUAAAACAGAUUAGUAGAAAUAUUUAACUAUGAACUGAUUACCACAUGUACAGUUGCUUUUGAAGGCAAUACAAUAUAUAGCCAGCAAGAAUUAUGGCUUUUUUCCUUUGUAACAUUCAUCGUAUUCUCUAACCUCUGACAUUCCUAAAAUGCUUCACUGUACGUAGUUAACUCUUAGCUGUAACUUCAAUUUUUUAAAAAAGAGACAAGCUGUAAAAAAAAAAAAAUGUAUGUAACAAAUUCUUAAAAUGCAAUAUUUGUAAGACUUGCUCCAUUGCCACAUAUUUGCAGUUCCCAACCUCUGUGUCAUGAAUAGUGUCCUAUGCAAUACAAUUUUUUGCAGGUCUUUAAAAAUCAUUUUAGGAAAGGAUGAUCAGAGAUAAUGCAUCCAGCAGUACAAUAAAAGCAAACCACAAAAAAAUACCUCAGGAAAGAAUUGAAAGAAAGAAUCGAAAGAAUCUAAUGACAUGCCUAUAUGAAAAUAAGAACCUAUAAAUGAAUUUAUGGCAUUUGCAGAUUUUUAUGUUAGUUGCUUUAUAAAGAAAAUAUUGUAUUGCUGUCCUUGAAUGCCAUAGUUGAAGAGAGUUUUUAAUAGAACCAUGUUGGUUACACUUUGUAGUGUUUGGUGCUCAUUUAACUAUCUGAACAUUUACUACAGUUUUUACUCUAUUGUGUAAUAUAAAAGAUCUUGCAGAAGUUCUUAGUGUCGGUUUGCAUGAAUGAACCUAAUGAAAGUUAUGACAAAUUUUUAAUAUCAGGAAUGUGUUAAAAGUAAAAGUUAAAAUUGUAUUUGCAUCCCUUCAAGGGUACGCGAGCCAAUUUCUACACCGGUUUAUGCUCUCUGCAAAUACUCUUUCCUCCAUCUCGUCAGAAGUAUGGCCCCAGAGCUGUUACGCAGAAGAGCAGCUACAAAAGAUUCAGGUCAUGUGAUGAUGGACAAGGCCUUUCU